CUGCUGAGGAUCUUCCCUGCGGUCGCCGCCCGUGCUACGCCGAUCCGGACCUGGACCGGGGCUACCCAGCUUGGCUGAGAGCACCUCACCAAUGUGCCAACUUCCAGCCCUGUGGAUCCAGGAGGAACGGUCAUCUGCCCAUUGAGGGAGCCAGGCAGGGGACACCGGUGGGGAAGGACACUGGCUGCUGCUCUGCCCCUCAGCCCUUUUUUGAAAAGAUUUUUAACUUUUCCUCAUCUUGCUGACUUCUUGAUCAACUUUGGUUCAGGUUGGCACUUGCCCCUUUUUGGUCCAGCUCCCAUUGGUGGAUCUACAAGAGGUGGGGAGGCUUGAGGGCACCCACUCUCCAGUAGAAAUCUAGCGUGUUGUGGGAGCCAGUCCUUCCUCUCCUGGGCCUUUUGUGGAUGGUAUGGUGAUAUGUCCACCAAGGUGCCCAUCUACCUGAAGCGGGGCAACCGCAAAGGGAAGAAGGAGAAGCUGCGGGACCUACUGUCAUCAGACAUGAUUAGCCCACCUCUGGGCGACUUCCGUCACACCAUCCACAUUGGCAACGGUGGCGAGGGUGACAUGUUUGGUGACAUCUCCUUCCUACAGGGCAAGUUCCACCUGCUACCGGGCACAAUGGGUGAGGGGCCUGAGGAGGAGGAAGAUGGCACCUUCAACAUCCCGUUCCCAUUUGCCCGGACCACUACAGUCUGUGGGCGGGAGCCCCGGGGCCUCUCUGACGGGCAUUCUCCUCUCCUCAAGAAUGCCAUCUCCCUCCCAGUCAUUGGUGGGCCCCAGGCCCUCACCCUGCCCUCAGCUCAAGCUCCACCCAAGCCACCCCGCCUGCACCUGGAGACAUCACUGCCAACCCCCCAGGAGAAGGAGGGCUUGGAGGUCUGGAGGACUCCAGAGACUGACUCUCCCCGAAAUGGCUUCAUGCCUGAGCAAGGAACCGAGGAACCAUUCCUGUCCCAAGCCAGCUCCCUCCUUUCCCUCCAUGUGGACCUGGGACCUUCUAUACUGGACGACGUCCUACAGAUCAUGGACCAGAACCAAGACCUAGACAGAGUGGAGAUCCCCACAUAAAAUCCCCUGGUUAUGGGGUAGGGCAGCAUGGUGGCAUUAGGCUUGUGGGGAGCCCAGGGGGGCAAGAUCCAGUCGAGGAUCCAAGCCCUUACUUCUGUGAUUGUAGGGCGUAUCAUUCACUCUUGUACCUCAGCUUCCCCCCAUCUCGUCCCAUGGGAAGAAUGAAGUUUUGAGAGAGACCAGCAGAAAAGCUCUUUGCACUCCUUGGGACAAACAGGUGCCAGGAAAGCAGCCCAUCCUUGCCGAGACUGCCUCUGCUCUGUUUUCAGAUACCCCAGCUGGCAGACUUUUCAUAGUUGGGGGAGGGAGGCAGGGGGGAGGAAAUGACCUAGUUCUUCCUUCCCUCUGCCAGGGCAAGGAUGACCAGGAGAUGUUAACUUGCAUGAGCUGCAGGAUGGGGAAGUCUCAAGGAAGGACUGCAGGAAUCCACCCAAUCCUGGGUGGGGGUGGGGGAUACCCACACUCUAGACUUAGGUUACCCUCUGGGGAGGGCCUUGCAGGCAAUGUGGGUGUGAUGUCAGCCCCUUCCCCUUCCCCCCUGUCCUGACUUGCAGUGAGCUGUGAUUGCAAUAAACCAUGCUGGAUUGA